AUGGCAUCUACCCAGAAGGGUUCAGUCUAUCAGGUAGCCAAGUCAAGUAGAACUGGGUCCAAGAUAGCAGUUCCAGCACAUAGAGGGACUGAGACUAUUAGCGCCACUCAACGGGGACAUGGGUACAUUAAUUCCUCAAGCCAGCAAAAUGCUGCUGUCUCUCUGAGCCCCAAUCCCCAACGAAGAUCAGAAGCUAUGUAUAACACCACUGCCCACUCAGCAUCUGACUAUCUUCGAUCUCUGUCAAUGCAGUCAGGGCCUCCCUUAUAUACAUCAUACCAGAGGGGGAUGGAGACCCGACAAAGAACAGAUGCACCCCGCCAUUCCUCUCCUCAUCGAAAGAUAUCAGCUUUCCCAACCAUGAAUGCACAACGGAAUGUUAGUCCAAUCAGAGAGGAAGCAAUGCGAAGUGUCGACAACAAGCCAGGUCGUGAUAUUGGCCACCGUAUCUCAUCUCCUGAUGCCAAACCCCCCCGUCGCUUGAGUUUUAUAGAUGAAAAGGAAAGCUUACAAUUACAAAACUUAGAAGAAGAGGACCCACCCUCCAAGGUCCAGAACCCCCAAGGGGUCAGAGUUCCUCGUAGGAUUUCAUCUCAUCCAAAGGAUGAAGCAGUACAAACAGAUCCCGUCCGAAAGAUUUCCAAUAUCAGUGAGGUCAAAUCUCCAAGGAGUGUCUAUACUGGUGGCAGCAGGGUUCCUGCAGACCACCGGGCAGUCCUUAGGCGGACCACUGCCCUAGAGCCAGAAAUGGGUCCUACCAACCCAGUUCUUCCUGAACCAAAAGCCUCCAUCAAAAAUACAAAAUUGGCACCAACCCUCAAACUCUCUGUUCUUAGAGACUUACCUAGUGGAUAUCGAGUUCCUGUACGUUCAGAGGGGGAGCCUCUCCAAAAGCAUUAUGUAUGCACUGAGGCUAAGCCCCCCACAAAGGUUAUAAUACCAUCGGAGGUGGAGGCCAAUGAGAAGUCCCUGAAACGAGACAGUGAGAUUGGCCGCAGGGUCACCAUCUCCCCAGUGGAAUACUCAGUGCAGGCAGCUCACCGUUUGUCAACUCGAGGAGGAGUGUCUGAAGCUCCUCACAAAUCUCCUAUAUACCCAGAACCCUGCUCGAAGCCUUCCAUCCAGGCAGAACUGGAACUGACCCCUCGGCCCUUACCCCCUCGGUCCUUACCUAGGUAUGGGCCUGACUGCUCAUGGUGGGCCUUACUGAAUCGUGAAACUGAAAUGCCCCAAAGCCGGCCAUGCACACCUGAUUUUGAGCCUAAGUCCCCUCCUCCCCUAGACCCCAUAAUAUCCUUUUAUGAAAUGGACUCAAACCUUUUCUGUGAAGACUUAAUGUUCCAGAGAGAAAAACCAUGCACACCACCACCACCGAAGCAGUGUCCAAGCCGGCUAUCAUGGAAGGAAGUCCCUCAUGUCCUCAAGCAUGCCAGCAAACAACUCAUUCAAGGGUUUAAUGCUUUCUUCCUGGAUGUCUCUGAGGAAAUGCAAAAUCGAAUUCUCUGGUGGCUAAAAGAUGAGGAGAUCAAGCGUUUCCUGGAGGACACCACCGAUGAUGCAGAAUUGAGCAAGUUCGUGAAGGAUUUCCCAGGAAGUGAGCAGUGCCACCCACCGGAGGUCAAGACUAGGGUGUGCAGGCCCCAAAUCUCAGAGCCAAGACCCCAGGCUCCAGACCUCUAUGAUGAUGACCAGGAGUUCAGAGCCCCCUCGUGGCCCCAGUCCUCUGACAGCCAGCAGUACAUCUGUGCCCCAGCUCCUCUCAGCCCUUGCAGCAGGCCCCGCAGCCCAUGGGGCAAGCUGGAUCCUUAUGAUUCCUCUGAGGAUGACAAAGAAUAUGUGGGCUUUGCAACCCUCCCCAACCAAGUUCACCGAAAGUCUGUGAAGAAAGGCUUCGACUUUACCCUCAUGGUGGCAGGAGAAUCUGGCCUGGGUAAAUCCACUCUUGUCAAUAGCCUCUUCCUCACUGAUCUAUACCGAGAUCGGAAACUCCUUGGUGCUGAAGAGCGGAUCAUGCAAACUGUGGAAAUUACUAAGCAUGCGGUGGAUAUAGAAGAGAAGGGUGUGAGACUGCGGCUCACCAUUGUGGACACACCAGGUUUUGGGGAUGCAGUCAACAACACAGAGUGCUGGAAACCUGUGGCAGAAUACAUCGACCAGCAGUUCGAGCAGUACUUCCGGGAUGAAAGUGGCCUGAACCGAAAGAACAUCCAAGACAACAGGGUGCACUGCUGCCUGUACUUCAUCUCACCCUUCGGCCACGGGCUCCGGCCAUUGGAUGUUGAGUUCAUGAAGGCCCUGCAUCAGCGGGUCAACAUCGUGCCUAUCUUGGCUAAGGCGGACACACUGACACCUCCAGAAGUGGACCGCAAGAAACGCAAAAUCCGGGAGGAGAUUGAGUACUUUGGAAUCAAGAUCUAUCAGUUUCCUGAUUGUGACUCUGAUGAGGAUGAGGACUUCAAAUUACAGGACCAAGCCCUAAAGGAAAGCAUCCCAUUUGCGGUAAUUGGCAGCAAUACUGUGGUAGAAGCCAGGGGGCGGCGAGUUCGGGGCCGACUUUACCCUUGGGGCAUCGUGGAAGUGGAAAACCCAGGGCACUGCGACUUUGUGAAGCUGAGGACAAUGCUGGUGCGUACCCACAUGCAGGAUCUGAAGGAUGUGACUCGAGAGACACAUUAUGAGAACUACAGGGCACAGUGCAUCCAGAGUAUGACCCGCCUAGUGGUGAAGGAACGAAAUCGCAAGGACAGAUCCAGAAACUGAGAAGCUAAUCCGAGAGAAAGAUGAGGAGCUGCGGCGGAUGCAGGAGAUGCUACACAAAAUCCAAAGACAGAUGAAGGAGACCCAUUAACUGGCUUUUGGACCUGGAUAUUUAAAUCUCUUCUUUCUGCUCACGCCAGCCCCUCCCAGCACCAGCUCUGCUCAGGCCCCUGCAGCUACUGCCACUUCGCCUUAUAUCCCUGCUGACUCCUCAGAGACUCAGAGGAAAUAAAGUUUAAUAAAUCUAUAGGUGGC